AUGUGUCCGGGGAAUGUGAUGCAUUUUGAUCUGAAACCGUGCAAUCCACGUGAGCGAAAUCAGUGUCCACAGAAUUUUGCCUGCAGGAGAAGCCGUUUAUUAAGGGCCGGUACCGAAACCAAUCAAGUGAUUCACUUAUGCUGCGAAGCUAUAAACAUGACUAUUGGAAAUUGGCUCGAGGAACUGGAACUUUCACCUCAAAUAAUUCCAGAACCGCCAUUAUCAACGCUGGAUUACGUAAGUGUGCAUGAAGUAGCACUCUUUUCGGCCUCUGAUUAA